AUGGACCUCUAUGGAGAGUGUAUACAUUCAGCGUUUAAAAGACUUGAUCGGCUUACCAAUCAACGUUCAAGAUUGAUUAACAACCUCGCCUUUCUGAAAAGGUGUCGAGACAACAAGGUUGUUCCUAAAGGAUUACGCAUCUCAACGCAAUAUCAUACUAAGUAUGCGCGAAAGAUCUUGAUGAAAGCCGAGUUGGCACUACUAAGAGAACAAAUUGCUUGGACUCGUAGACAGUUAUGCAGAGUGGAUGAACGUAUUUUAUCUUUGAAUGAAGAAUUGUGGAUGACUUUAAAUGAAGAACAUUAUGCGACAACUAAAAGAAUGAUCUCUGCGUCCUCUACGAAAACUUUCAACAAAGCAUGUUCCACUCAGACUGCCAAAUUCACAAAAUUGACAUCCUUUGGUCGGACGCAUCGCAGACAAGAAGAUUUGGCCAGUCAUCCACUACAACGCACCGUUAUCAAUAUGAGUGCUAGAAGGCUUACGCCGGUUGAAGAAAAUGUCUUGGCUCUUGGAUUAAAUUUCGCUGUGGUACCCCGUGUUCUUCCUAAAGAAGAAUUUGUACAACGUUUGGAACCGAAGUUAUACCACAUGACGAACAAUGAAGCUAGUAACAUCCGCGUCCAAAUCACUGAGGUUCUACGACGUGCAACGCUUCCAGCUUCGAAUUUAACCAAGAAUAAGAAGGAUGCAUUGAAAAACUUAAGAGCAGAUAAGUCAAUACAUAUUUUAAAGGCUGAUAAGGGUAACGCUACGGUUAUUUUAGAUCGUCUAGAACAUGAUAAUAAAAUCCUGGCUCUGUUAAACACUUCAACUUAUAAAGAGCUUAAAAGAGACCCUACAGCUAACAUUGAACGUAAAAUAUGUUCCAAACUAUCUGGUUUUAAAAAGGCAGGUAUUUUGUCUCAAACAAUUCAUAAUUGUUUGAGACCUUCAGCUACUGUUUGUCCAAAAUUUUAUGGUUUACCUAAGAUACAUAAACCUAAUGUCCCACUAAGACCUAUUGUAGCGUCCAUAGGUUCGCCAACGUAUGCCCUGGCUAAAUAUCUCGCUGAGAUAUUGAAACCAGUUCUUGGAAAAACAGAUCAUCAUGUAGUAAAUUCUAAAGAAUUUGUAACAAAAAUGGAACAAAUUAGAUUGGGUAAGAAUGGCAUUCUGGUAAGUUUUGACGUAGUUAGCUUGUUCACUAAUGUUCCAGUUGACGAGGCUUGUAAUAUCGCGAAAGAAAGACUUCUGUCAGAUAUCACAUUAUCUCAAAGAACUAAUCUUUCUCCUGAGAAUGUUCAUGAUUUGUUGAAACUAUGUUUGACCACGACAUGUUUUCAAUGGCGGGAGAAAUUCUAUGAACAAACCAACGGCGCUCCAAUGGGAAGUCCAUUGUCGCCUGUUAUGGCUAAUUUGUUCAUGGAGGAAUUUGAAAAGAAGGCCUUAGCUACUGCAAAGUUGAAACCAGGUUUCUGGUUCAGAUACAUGGAUGAUACAUUGAGUAGCUGGUCUCAUGGACUAGAUAAUUUACAAAAGUUUCUAGACCACAUUAAUAGUUUGCAUCUAUCGAUCAAGUUUACUUUUGAAGUACAGAAGGAUGAUAAAACUAUACCGUUCUUAGAUGUUCUUUUCACUAUACAUGAUGAUGGGUCGCUAGGACAUAAGGUUUAUAGGAAACCAAUACACGCAGACAGGUAUCUGCAUUAUAAUUCAUUUCAUCAUCCCUAGUAUUAAAAACUCUGUGUGCAAGACACUCAUCAACCGAGCGAAAACAAUUUGUGAGGUAAGUAACAUUGACGGUGAAUUGGAACAUUUAAGAAAUGUUCUAAAAAUGAAUGGUUACCCACGGCAUUUCAUAGACAAUGCUAUGAAAAUGCCACAAAGUAUACAGCAGAAGAUUGAAUAUCAGUCGUCUGUUUGUCUACCAUACAUUGGUCCGGCUUUACACAAAAUCGAAAGAAUUUUGAGGAAUGAAGCAGGUAUAAAGGGUAUACCAUUCCAGCGAAAACAAAUUGUUUCGAGCUCUUUGCACACAUAAGGACAACGUAAAUGAAUCUCAGAGACCUGGUGUGUACCACAUUCCUUGUGAAUGUGGUCUGGUUUACAUUGGCGAAACUGGUCGACAUCUCUCAGUACGUCUUAAGGAACACAAGACGAAUUGCGAGAAAGCCGAGCAAGAUAAAUCUGCUGUGGCUAAACAUACUUGGACUUACGACCAUCGUAUAAAAUGGGACGAAGCAACCAUUUUGCGAUUGAUAGUCAUAAGUUCUCUCGCAAAAUGAGAGAGUCAAUUGAAAUCGAGAAGCACAAUACUAUAGAUCAGGAGGGAAAGCCACUAGAUAGUACGUGGCGUGCUCUCUUUAAUGUGCAAAAUUAAUUUCUCUUGUCUUGGAUGCGCCGCGUUAAUUGGAAUCACUUCACUAUGUUUGAAAUGACGUGGUUGAUGUGCCGUUUAAUUAAAUUUCAAAUGACGCGAGCCAACAGGUCACAACACUCUUGUAUAUAAAAAGAGCAUGCGAAUUAAACAAGUCACAUAUUAUUAGCACUGAUGAAGAUCCAGGCUUACGGAUCGAAAGCUUUGCAGUAAUACAUUUACGUGGUGUUUCCACAAACAAAAACAAUUAGAAUCAAAAGAAGUUGAAUAUAUGUAUAUACCUGACAAUUGGGAUCAUAUAGACAAUUGGGGUUGUCGAUUUUCUCAAAUACCAAGUCCACUGUACAAAUACCAAGUCCAUUUCACAAAUACCAAGUCCAUUUUACAAAUACCAAGUCCAUUUCACAAAUACCAAUUCCAUUUUACAAAUACCAAGUCCAUUUCACAAAAUAAUAUCAAGUCCAUUUUUAUUCACUUACACUUUGGAAAGUGAAAUUUCCCUACAAGGAAAUUGUCAAAAUGGAAUUGAUAUUUGCUUGUGUGCAAAACAAUGUACAAAACACAAUAUCAAUUCGAACAUGCUAAUUAGGUCAUAACUAUUCAAUGACUGAUUAUGCAGGUAUUUAUCUAUGGUAUUUAUUCAACGAAUGUAUAAUUAUGCACGGACAAUCUAUAAUUAUAUAGUUAAUGCUUGAUGCCAUUUUCAACAAUUUACACCAAUCAUAGCGUGUGUUAUAAAUCUUUAAGAAUUUCCAACCAAUCAACUACCUUAAAAUAUUUUCAUGUAAAAGAACACCAGUGGCAAAAUGUCACAUUGUUUUUAUUGAGACUAUAACUUCGCAAGAAGAUGGAUGCUAAUUCAAAUUGCAAAUGCAAAUCAACCUUCAGAGCCUUUACAAAGGUUGAUAAGAAGCAUUGUGUCCGAAGUGUUUACUAGUAAUGUUACUUCAUGAUCUUCGCCCAUGGCAAGACCUACUACAAGCAGGAGCGUAAUGGAAGAGUUAAACCAAAGAUUUCAAAUACCAUGCAGCCCUUGUCAAAGUGGCGAAAUCACAGCAGGUGCAGGACAAUCCUCGGGUGAAAGUCGUCAAACCAUGAUAGCUACCUUACCACCACAGCCACCACUUCAGUUUCAGUUUAAUCCUCACCAAAAUUAUGGGAAAAGCUCUACUACAUGAAGGAGGAGUAGACAAGUGCAAAGUCUCGCACCAAGGACGGUUACAAACAACAAUGUUUAUAUAAAAAAAUAUUUAUUUUUCCCUCGCCGUCAUGGGUGAAUGUUCCGCGGAAAGAAUCGAAGGAUUAUCUUCAAACACAUGGCCUUGUGAUUGACGCCUAUGAGAUAGACAAGAGCUAGGACAACAAAGAACUCAUUGAUCAUUUUAAUGAACUCUUUAAAGAUGUAUUAACGGAUGACACCUGUUGCUUUGGUGUUGCAGACUCAUUUUACAUGUAAGUGAAAGUAGCUUUUAAGUAGCAGGCCUUGUUCAGCUGAUUGCUGUAGAUAUUGCCGACCUUGUGCAUGAAUCAAGCAGCGUGAUGUGAGUAAUAACUAUAAAUAUACUUUAUUAGUGUUGUAGUUCAUAGCAGCUCGAGAAUUCAAACUUUUAAAAAAUUGGCAGUAAUUUAAUUAUUUAAAUAACUUUUGGAGUAACACAGAAUUUACACCGGUGAUGUCGGUUUGGUACAUUAGUAUGUGAUACAAUUCACUAGAACAAAACAUUUUGACUUGAUAAACAGUUUCAAAAAUAUAUUUAUAUCAAAAGGAAGACAAUACCAUCUUAAGUCCAAACAUUACAAUAAAUUUCAAAAUCAUACAAAAUUAAAUAUGACGAUGCAGCUAUGAGCGAAUAUAUGUUUCAAAAUUGCAACAGCUGAACAGUAUAUUAAAACGUUUACAAAUUGACAAUAACAAACUGUUAACUGUAAAAAUAUAUCACAAUAAAAGCUAAAUUGCUUGUAGUUUGUAGUCUGCUGUAAAACUCAUAAUAACCGAUAAAAGCAACGUUUGUAGAUUGUGUAGUAAGUUUCAUAAAUACAUAAAGCGACAUAUAUUUAAUAGGUUACAUAAUUUGUCAAUCAGUAUUUUCAAAUUGAUCAGGUAUAGCUAUACUGUAUUUAUAUUUAAGAGAAAUACCAACACGUGCACGGGUUUGUAUCCACGCUCUUCGACUUGUCAAGGCAGAUAUCCAAUGAAAAAACCUGCCGAAACAUCUCAGCGAUUUACAGCUGUUCACAGCACUCUUUCAAAAUUCACAGCACUCACCCAAAUUCACAGAACUCUUUCAAAAAUAUACGCUUUUUAUUGAAAGCGUAUGCUAUAAACAUUGCGCCACCGUGAUUUAUGCGUAUUUUGGCAUACAUUAUGAUUUAAACCAAUACUACCAUUUGCGUGCAUUUAUAACUACGCAAAAGCAGCCUAAAAUAAACAGGUGGUGUGUCAGGAAUCUUAAGAGCAUGCGUGCCCGCGUAACCAAUAAAUCAUCCCCAGUUUCCCAAGUGAUUGCACGGUUGUUUAUGUGCUUUAUCUGUGGCUUUGUUUUCUGCCAUGUGUGCGCUUGUAUGUUGACCACCUCUCGAUAGAAAUAAUGUCAAAAAAAGAAAAGAGUGGCUGUGUCGUUGUGAUUUAGUGAAUGGUCCAAUACCAUGCUCCAAAAUAACGCUGGAAUGUAGAGAUUGUUCCUACACCAAAGUCAAUACCGUGGAAGUGAGCAACAUCACAUAUGUCGAUUUGAAAUUAUAUAAAUGGUUCCCGUCUCUGAGGUAAGCAAAUUAUAAGGCCUGUUUCAAACGUUGUGCUUCUCAUGUGCCGAACGCAUUAUCAACUGAUUAUCUAUUGUUUUUAAUGCGUUCGGCACAUCAUAAGCGCGGCGUUUGAAACAGGCCUAACAGUUUCGUUUAUAUAGCCAGUUUGUCAGUAUGACGACAAUCAAAACACGCAAGUUGCAACUGUCAUUCCCCCAAGUUCCUAUCACUUUCGUGUUGAGUCGAGACAAUAUAAACAAAUCAAAAGGACAAAAAUCUUGCCUACCACAGUCCCAAACUUAAUUUUCAUUGUUUUGAAACUCUAUUAUUAACAAACAGCCAAUAUAUUUUAAAAUCUUAUUCGGCAACAUGUCCUGUGAAAUAUACACCGCAUGCCCCGAUUGGUAACUCUGGCAGUUUGGGAACACAUGUCAUAUGUAAUGUGUUUACAUAUUUAACUACCGCAAAAUAAAUUUCAUUCAUUGGCACUGAAUUUUGCAUGUUUAAUAUUUCGUAGCUUUGUUUCAUGUUAUAUGAUUUCGCCUCGCAAAGAACAUCUGGAACCAGGGUAAUAAUAAUGUGAUUUAAAAAUGGACAUAUUUCUUGAAAAAAGUACUUUUAAUUUGUCAAAUGAUAUAGGAAAAAUAUUAGUCCCCGUAACUUCAUUUUGGAUUUGUUAUUUUUCAUCAGGAACUUGAGAGUUGAGAAAUUGACAGUUGCACUUGGCAAAUUACUCCAAGCAAAUUGCAACGCAUCAACAUUGCAAGAUUGAUUGCAAUGUUGCAAAUACUCAGGGGAACAGAACAUCCAGUUUGACUAGUGUAAUAAUUGCAAAAAUAGUUCACAGUUAAAAAUAGUUAAUAGCUAGUUAAUAAUUGAAAAAUUCUGUUUUCUCUAUGUGAUUGUGCAGUAAUCAUUGCUGGGUAUCAUUUAUGGGGUUUGCUGAAGCAUAUAAUGACAUAUUUGAAGAAUGUAUCUCUAAAUAUACAGUGGUUUUUACUGGGCAUCGAGUUGAAGGUGAGAAAUGCAUAACUAAUUGUGAAAUUAUCAGAAUUUCAAUGUAAUUAAUAAAUUAUAUGGUUAUGUAGUUGGGAGAUUGAUUCCGUAUUUUUCUUAACCCGCUGGCAUUACCCUACCACUGAUGAGUGAAAUUGUAUGGGGUAUAUGACAGAGUAUGGUAUAAACAAACUAUAAAUACAUACUGGUACAAUGCAUUUGAGCACAUUACAAGCAAAUAAACUAUUAAAUACAUAGCUGCCAAGGUGGAGUGAUCUGCAUGUGUGAGAUGCCAUCCACAGACGCAAUCUAAUGCCCCCCCCCGGAAAUUUUUUUAAAUUUGGGUCUCUGAUAUGGAAUUUCCAGCGUUUCAUUCCCAAGACACGAUUUAUUCACGAUUGCUGCACCUUGGAUACUGUAAUCAGAUAGCGUUUACGCACCGGAAAUAGGCUCAAUUUAUGGCAUCAAAUGAGGUGUUGACAGCAAAUUCACAGUGAUAAUAAAUACCUACCCACUGUACUGUAUUCACCAGAUUAAUUUACUGACAAAUUUCAUAGUGUAAAAUAGAAAAACUAAAUGCUAAAACAUUUCACAGGUUUCCAAAGUUUACAUUGCUCUCCAGAUUUACGUUUUUUUUAUUAAACUCUUCAAUCACAAGCAGCCAAAGCAGCUCAUGUGUGAGAUAAAUAAUACUGCGCGUGUGAGUGAGAAAAUAUGCUGAGGCGUGUGUCUCACGCGUAAUGUGUGAGACUUGGUAGGUAUGGAUUUACAUACAUAAUUUCAUGUAUAAAUUUAUAGACUCUACAAAUGAUGAUCAUGAAGAAUCAACUGGGAAGGAAACUAUAGGUUUGUACUUUAUAUUGCCUAUUUACCAGUAACAAUAUAAUUUAUUUAAUUAAUUUAACGGGAGUUUGUUAUUAUAUGUUGGAAAAAUGUCUCUCAAUGAUUGGGCAAAUUUGCUCUUAAAUUUGUUUACAAACUGCAAAGACCAAUAAAGCAGAAAUCAUACCCACAAUGCCACUUCUAUUAUACCAUCAAAAUUAUGUGUAUUGAAGUGAUAGAUGGUCCUUCCCUAUUUAUGAGAUGCUUCCAGGAUAAAUGGCAGUAAAAUUACCAUGAGUUUCCCCAACUUAGCUAUUCUAUUACAGUAGAUUUCACAUAACUUUUCUGUGAAUGUUGCGAACUUUGUUUCCGAACUUUGUUGUGAAGUUCAAAGUUCAUACUGAAAUUCACAAGUCUGUUUGUAAACAAAGCCUCUGAUUGGUCCCUUAACAAAAAUAAGCCAAUUAGAGGCUAGGUUUACAAACCGACUUGUGAAUUUCAGUAUGAACUUUUGAACUUCACAACGAAGUUCGGGGCAUGUAGCAAAACACUGACUACUGGAACACCACCGGAACACCACCAUUUUGUUUGGGGUUAGGGUUUGGAGUUAGGCUUGGGGUUAGGGUUAGGUGGUGUUCCGGUAGUCAGUGUUUUACUACAUGGCCGAAGUUCGGAACAAAGUUCGCAACAUUCACAGAAAAGUUAUGUGAAAUCAACUGUAAAGAGAGUACAAGUACAAUGUAUGUUUUAUAGAUAUAUUUAUUUUACCCAAAAAUGGUGAAUAUAUUGCAUGUCUAUGACAGUAAUAACAUUGUUCUGUGUAUUGUUAACAAGAUAAACUUUGGGAAUGAAAAAAGCUUGUUAGCUUAACCCAUUAAACUGCAGAACUUCGCCAUUGCCAAGUAAAAUUGUCUGGCAUUAGACAAGUAAAUAAAAAAGGAGGGCGCACUGGGGCACACAGCGGCUCAAUGGGUUAACUAGAGACAUUGUUAGAUUUUGUUAACCCAUUGAGCUGCAGAGCCUCCCCAUUGAUGAGUAAAAUCGUCUGGUGUUAGACAAGGAAAAAAAAAGUAAGGCACACUGGGGCGCAUUGUGGCUUAAUGGGUUAAUUUGUUUUGUCUGAUUGUCAAAUUUAACUUGUUCUACUGCUAGUUCCACAUCAACUUGGGUGUCAAUUAUUUCAGCACUAAUUAUGGCUACUGGUCCCAUAAGGCAGGUGGCUACCCAUUGCAGGUAUUUUAUAGUAAAAAUGCCUGUGCUGGCAAAAGUGUUCGCAAACCAUGUGUGCUUGUAAAACAUUGUGGUCCCAAAAUGCAAGUUUCACUGUAUAUAUGAGAACUCAACCUACCCCACCCCCCAAAAAAAAAUAAGUUGGGGAUUACCAUUGAUAGAUCCAUUGCAGUUAUUACAUGAUGAACUUUUUACAAUUUAUACAGGCAUUUUACCUGGGGAUUUGUCUGCUAAAGCAAUUGCUUAUUGCUUUUGGCAAAAAGAAGUUGAAGAAGAGCUGGCAUCUUUAGGGCUUCGAGAUAAAUGGGUAUUUGGUAAAGAAGAAGGAUUGCUGUCUGGGACAUUGGAAAUGGCAAUGGGAAUGAUUGAUAAAAUCCGUUCUGAGCAAUUGUACACUCAUGUUUGUUCCACACAUUGUAGAAGCAAAGGUAUUUUUAACAUUUUCUGAUUUACAGUACAUAUAUACAUUAACUGUCAAGCGUUCCACCUGUCCUACUCAUUUUACACCUACAGACUAAUAUAAAUUUGAUAUAUUUGUAUAGUUAUCUUCUAUUUAAAACAUUUGAGUAUGAGUGUUUUAUCAGAUAUGAAACACUUGACAAGAUCUGAUAAACAUCUUACUUGUAUAAGAUCAUCAGUUAAGGUUUGUGUAAGGUAAAUGAAUCUUCAUCACAUAUAAAACACUUGAUCAGUUAGUGAUUUCUUGAUGUUUUUCUUGAGUUAAGCUGCAGAGCUUCCCCAUUGACAAGUAAAAUCGUCUGGCAUUAGACAAAUAAAAAAAUAAGUAGGGUGCACUGGGGCACAUUGCAGCUCAAUGGGCGGGGUUAAUGAGUUUUUAAGUUGUAGUAACAAUUUAAUUGCUAGCAUCUUGCUUGGGACUUGUGUCCUCAGUGUUUAUGCUUUAAUAAGUUCAUGCUUUAUGCUUUAAUAAGUUUAUGCUGUCUUCAGUGUUUAUGCUUUAAUAAGUGUUUAUGCUUUUAUGCCAAGUAUUUGUCCCUUGUCGCCCAAGCGCGAGAAGCAUUGCGUCAAGGCUGGCCAAUUGGGUUAUCCUACGGAAUUAAAGGAAUUUUAUAAACAUUGUGGAGUUGCUAAUGUAGACAUUAAUUCAGGUUUGUUUGUUUGUUUGUUUGUUUGUUUGUUUGUUUGUUUGUUUGUUUGUUUGUUUGUUUGUUUGUUUGUUUGUUUUUUUGUUUGUUUGUUUGUUUGUUUGUUUGUUUGUUUGUUUGUUUGUUUGUUUGUUUGUUUGUUUGUUUAGUUGAUUAACUCAUUGAACUAGAUAUGAGCAAUCCAAACUAGUCAUUAAUUAAGGGUUUAUUAGGUUUAUACAUUGUACCACAGACUGUCAACUGAGCAGCAUUUAUAUAUAUAUAUAUAUGUCACAUUUGUUAUAAACAUGAAACUAUUGGUAAAAAAAAACUAUCCCAUGAACUAUUAGUCAAAUCAUGAUCACUUGAUAUUGACCAAAUUUCUUUCUAAUAAGGAUUAUGGGGGAGACAUUACAUAAUAUCAAAGGGAAACACUGUACCGGUAAUGUUUUGCUCUGUAAUAUUUCUCUCAUCAACAUUCAGGCUGCAAUGUCACCCUCGGGCUAAAGCCCUCAGGUAUAUUAGAGAUUUUGAGCAUGCAACCUUUUUGAAUGACGACAGCAGUUCUUGCUUGAAAUCAAAUCAACGUCAAUGGCAAUUUGAUGCAUGGGUUUUCACAUAACAUAACAUACUUUAGGAUGUAUGUAUGUAUAGGGUAUACAUACAUACACACCCACACACACACAUGCAAGGUAAAAUUGGUGAAGCUUAAAUUAAUAACUAAAUAUUUAUAGAGAAAUUUAGUCAAUUCUAGACUUAAUAUAGUUAUAUAUGUCUUUGUAUAAUAAUUUGUAAUUUGCUAAUAUUAAUUUUUGUAGCACUUAAGAGAUGCCAUCACAAAUUGUACUUACAGGUAUUACAGUAUAAUGGAUAGUAAUUAACCAGUUGCUAUCUCAAGUUUUUUUUCAUUAAGCUAUUUAAUAGUAAUUGUUGCAGAUUCCACUGCUACUGUAGUUGCAUUGUAUUUCUUUUUUACAAAUAGUAUAAUUUAUGUAAUAAAAUAAUAUUUAAGUUUCUCAACUUGCUUGGAAUAGUGGGCAACAACUUAUUUUUGUUACCUUGUUUACAGAUACCUUGUAUGACAACAUAGAUGCAUGUCUAGACAAUUUUGCAGAAGCAAGUUAUGAUAUCAACAAUGACGAUGUGAAUGCAUCUUCAUUUCAAGGUAUUUACUAAAAUGCAGUGUGAGAUUGUUGAGAAUUAGGCUAAAAGGUCAACUAUGAAAGCAGUCUCCUAAAGUAUGGUGCAUUUAUUAAAGUAGUUACUGAAUUGUAUUGAUUCUUCUUUUUUCUUAUUUUCUCUUUUCUUUGUUUUUCUUAGGAAAUUCUGAUUUUCUAAGUUCAAAUCCUGGUUUUGCUGAAGAUCAAUCGCAGAUUAAAGAGACUGUGUGUAACAAAGAUACAGUUGGUCUUAAGGCUUAUCACAGUUGGUCUCGUGGUAUAUUUUUUACUGUGAGCGCAGGGGGUCACAUUGAGUAUUGGCAGCCAUUAUAUAGGUAUGUAUUUAUUUUUUCGUUUCACUGUUAUAUUAAGGAAGGGUAUUAAAUAAAUAUAGAUUUGCAGAAUUGCUAAAUCCUGCAUUUAUGUUCCAUUUUCAUAUCCUCUAACAAUUUCCAAGAACCAUAGUAGACACUGAAGUGAUAUUUUUAUCAAUUCUUAAAACAUUUGAAAAAAUAGAUUCUGUGUUUUUUGUUUUUUUUUAUUUAAUAAAUUUGAUUUUAUGAAACUAUAUUCAAAGGUCUGAGUCACCAACACAAGCUUUUUUGGUGACAAUUUUGUGGUUGUACAGAAAAGUUAAAGAUCUUAAAGAACACCACUCUGAUGAAGAAAUUAAGGAAGCAAUGUCUUCCAUUUGCUUGGCUUAUGACAAUAUGUGUCAUAUGGACAAUCUCUGUGUGUCGAAGUCAGAUCUGCCAUUGGCUGAACCAUUCAACGAAGCUUGGAAGUUGAUAGCAAAAGUCAUUGAUAGGCUUCACUUACGAAAUCAUGUCGAUGCCAAAUGCAAAGAACUUUAUGAUGCUGAUAAAAUAGUUCCACCUGGUUUCAAUACAAUGGCCUGUGAGCAAACAUUUGUUUGGGCUAGCCGAUUUAAAAAGGUUAUUUGUGCUAUGCAUGUACACCCCCCCCCCCCCCAUGGAUGCGAAUAUGUCUGAGGGGUUGAAAAAGCCAUUUCUGAGGGGUUGUGUGCAUCAGCAUCCUUUGAUCUCUGCGUUUUUUCUAGAGGUAAGGCAAAACAUUUUUAAUUUCUGGGGGGGGGUUGCAUCGGCACUUCUUUUUUUCUUUGGGGUUCAAAUUUUAAUGAACUCGUCCAUAGCCAUAGGGGAGUGUGUACAUUAAAUGGAAUGGCCCAACACAAGCAUGCAUAUAAACAGUUUUGUGUAUAGUAUGGUCAGUUAAAGGGAAUCUCCACUGCUGCAAUAAAUAUGAACUGA